GCUCAUGCUUUAUUUAUUUUGCUUUCUCUCCUCAUUUGCAAUUUAUUUUGCUUUUCUGUCAUAAUUCGCACGUUGGAACUGACCACCAAAGAUUAGCACAUUACGGCAGUUUUAUGGAGUACCAAGAAACGCGAGCCAAAAAGCUUUUGUUCAAAGGCGAGAAAUGCACCGUGCGGCGCGGUAAAGUCGACAAAGCCAAACACAAGCACAAGUCCAAGACAAAGCCAAAGAAUCAACACCACAGUGACACCAAUGCAGACGGAGACCGCGAUACGUCCGACGGCUGGGUCCCUGUGAUGACAUCGAGCGAUUUAGAUGGACCACUUGCGUUCUUUUUUCGGGACGAGCUGGUUUACGUUCUAUCGUUGCCGCCGCAAGAGGAGACGCAGGCUCAGGCGAUUUCAGAAGUUGGCUCGAUGCCGCCAGUUUUUCUCAUCCUUGAAAAUACAUCGCUCAUGGAGGCCGAGCCGUCGAGGAUCGAGCAAGUCUUUGUCGGUCGCAAGUCUGUACCGGCGACGGAGCCGACCGACCCUGAGGCCAGGAUGCAUUCGUUCAAAUCGUACACGGGCACAUAUCUCUCGGCAGACAGACACGGGAAUGUCGAAUGCAAGGCUGUGGCGAUCGGCCCUCUCGAAAUGUGGACGCCUGUUCUGCUGCCAGAGAGAGGAGACGGCGCUAUCGCGCUGACGAUCCGUCCGCCUGGGUCCAGCGAGGAUUGCUUUUUGAGUGUUGAGACAUACAAAACCACUGGACGCCAGUUGCAGGUGCACGCCGGUGCAUCGUCCAUCGGGUUCUGCCAGGUGUUUACCGCCAAAUGUCAGGCCACGCUUCGCAAAAAGCGCAUCGUUAGUUCUAGCCCUGGGAUCGACAAUGACAUUUACUCUCCGUCUGCAAACAGUACAAAGUCGAGUAAAAGCCAUACCGAGAUUCUUCUCGACAGGCGGGAAAAAUCAAAGUCGGAUCGGUACUGCAAAUGAAAAGAGUAUUCCAUGUUUACAUUAUCCCCUGCGUCGUGGCUUCCAGCGUACACACUCACCACAACCAAAGCGUAUUUCUUUACAUACAUCCGAUGCACUGUAUAUGUGUAUACCAUACUCGGCAUAUCGCUUCAACCUUUGUAUAAAAUAAUUAUUUUUUCACUGCUGAAAAUCGUCAAGUACUAA